CUCGAACAUCGACAGCAUCCACGCCACUCUCCAAUCCCUCUCGUCGCACCCCACCCACGAAGCAGAACUCCAACGCCUUGCUGCGGCGCGCGAAGCCAAGAUCUUCGACCUCCGUACCGCCCAUGCGCAAGCUCUCCAGGUGCUCGCCAACCAGCGACUGAAAGAACAAGAUGAACUCGAAGCGCAGCGUCAGAGAGAGGCCGAGGAGCUUGAGCAAGAACGAAAGAAGGAGUGGGAAGAUGUAUUAAAAAGGCGUGCGAGGGAAGAUGAAGAGAGGAAAGAGAGGAUUCACCAGGAGGAGCUUGAAAGAGAGAGAAUUAAGCAGGAGGAGGACGAGUGUAGGGAAGCUCAGCGAGAAGAGCGUGAAUUGAAGCUCGCUGAGGAUAUUGAAAAGGAACUCGAAAGGGUGGAAGAUGAAAUUGAAGCCCGGGUCGAAGAAGGGAAGAAAGCAUUGAGAGAGUUGGACGAGAAGCGCAGGGCCAUCAACGCGGAGAUUGACAAAGCGCUCAACAUGCCGACAGUGUUUCCCAAAAUCCCAUAUCGAAGUCGCUCAAGAACCUUGAGUAGAGCUGGAACAAUGGAACUGCCUAGCUCGCCGCCAGCCCAAAGUAUGGAUUCCGCGAAGCCAGCUGUCACCGAGGAGAUCCAAACACCAGAGCCGGGAGCUUGGCUUGCGAAAGACAUUGGGAAGCAAAGCACCCAUGGUGCCAGAGACGAUACCCGAAAUGCCAAAAUCUCGAUUACGUCCAAGUCAGAGGCGAAGGAUUUCUUUGACAAAGAUCUCAAGCAUGAAGAUGACGGUAUUGAUUCCGUGGAUUCUGGCGUGGAGCUGAACAAUGAUCACCUCAUAUCUCCUACCACCCAAGAAGAUUCUCAGCCCGCGGACUCACCCAAAGCAUUCACUGUACUCCAAACCUCGGAGGAUCCUUUCCCAAGCCCACCUUCGAAAAACACAACCGAGUCAGGAUCUACUCUCCAAUCCACGCAAAUGACACCCAUCGCAUCCUCAGAUGAUUUAAUCAUGAAGGAGCUUGAAUCUCAGAGCAUGAUGCUACCCGUUACAGAUACACCAGAAGUUUUGGUAGAUGCACAACUAUCCAUGGGAAGUUUCGAUCAGGCUGUCUUCCACGACCCUAUGGGCGAUUUGUUGUGGGGAAGAGUAUCUCUUGUCCCAGAAGCUCCAAAGAGUCAGCAGAAAUUACAAGCCGAAUUUUCAACGAAGCAUAUACACGACCCGAUGGCGGAUAUACUAUGGGGUCGAAGCCCAUCGUCAACAAAUGCACCAACACUCAGUCAAAGCUUGGCCAAAGAAGCCCUCUCCGACCCUAUGUUUGAUAUACUAUGGGAGCGAACCCAAAGGUCACGACCUGCUGCCUUACAUGUCCCGCAGUCUCAGCAGACCGUAAUGAGUACCCUCAAGACGUCCGGGGAUCCGAUGUUCGACAUUUUAUGGGAACGAACCAACAUAGCACAAUCUAAUGGGUCAAGAUCUCGGAACUAUAAACAGACUGUAGCUGUAAAUCCGCCAACCCAGUUUCAUGAUCCCAUGUUCGAUAUCCUGUGGGAACGAACUCAAAGGCCGUCAUCUAAUGCCUCAGAGGCUCAACGAACUCCACACUCCGCAGUCUUCAAACCCUCCAAAGUGUUCGCCGAUCCUAUGUUUGAUAUCCUAUGGGAGCGAACGAGAAUGGCACCAUCCAACGCAGUAGCAACUCCACGGGUUCAAAAGAAGGCAGUUAUCCAGCCCUCCCAGCAAUUCCCCGAUCCUAUGUUCGAUAUCCUCUGGGAACGAGUCCAGGUGCCGAAAUCCCAUGCAACAGCGGGACCAAAACACGAAAAAAGCGCAGCCAGGGAUAUUUCCACAGUAGCCGUUCACGAUCCUAUGUUUGAUAUCCUCUGGGAGCGAUCUCAAGUCUCUCAAGCUUCCCAAGCUGUAAAAGCUCUACAGGUACCUGUUGAACAGACAUCCAAGGAGAGCGCCUGUGACCCUAUGUUUGAUAUCCUAUGGCAGCGAACUCCAGUUCCGCCCGCAUCGAAAGCUUUGAACAUUCAAAAAGCACCUGUUCCGCAUUUAUCCCAGGAUGCUGCCCGUGACCCUAUGUUUGACAUCUUGUGGGAACGAACUAAAGUUUCCGCCACGCCGAAAGCUCUGAAUAUUCAACAGACACCCAUCGAAUAUGCAUCUAAGCAGAUCGUUCAUGAUCCAAUGUUCGAUGUGCUUUGGGAGCGAACCAAAGUUUCGCCGGCACUGUCGACCCUGAAUUUUCAACGAACCCUGGCUCCACCUACAUCCUGGGAAGUCAUCUCGGACCCUAUGUUUGACAUCUUAUGGGAACGAAGUCAAGUUUCGCGACCUCCCCAAGCUGUGAAGAAACAGCAGACACCUGUACACGAAACCCCUAAAGAGAUCGUUCGCGAUCCUAUGUUUGAUAUCCUGUGGGAACGAAAUACAGUUUCGGGGGCUGCAAAGAACCAACUAACACCUGUACUCGAGAAAUCCAAAGAUUUCAUCAACGAUCCUAUGUUUAACAUUCUGUGGCAGCGAACUAGAUCGCCACUUGCGGGCUCACGACAAGCACUAGGGCGCGGCCAGGUGGGAGCUUCUCAGGAGAUUAGCAGCGAUCCGAUGUUCAAUAUUCUAUGGGGCCGUGGUCAAAACUCGGGGUCCAAAUCCCCCAAGCUCGUACUGGACAGAAAAACGCCAGCCACUGCAAAGAUCGGUCCGGACCCAAUGUUCGAUGUCUUAUGGGGCCGAAGUGAACUCUCCCAGGCCACUCUGACAGAAUCCGCACAACAGAAAACACGAUAUGCCAUCGAGCACAUUCAUGAUUCAAUGUCAGAUAUUCUCUGGGAACGAAUUCCGAGUUCCCAGCCAGCCGUCUAUCAGAAUCGGGACGUCAGCACAUCUCCAUAUGCGACUGACUCGAACUCAAAAGUUUUGGAAUAUCGACAAAGGCCAGUCAAGGAACCCAUUCAUGAUCCUAUGUCCGAUUCCUUAUGGGGGCGGGGUCACACUUCAUGUUCAGUCCAUGAUUUUGAAGUAUUUAAUGCGAAUGCCGGACUGCAGGGUCAUCAGAAGUCACACGAGGCCACAGAAGCCCAGAAUCAAAAGACUUGGUCAGAGCAAGAAGCAGGUGAAGCUGUUCCCAGAAGCCACGGAGGUAGACUACUCGAAACUGGAUCAUGGCCGCUUGCGACUGACCGUGACCUUAUCAUUGAUCACGGUGAAGACAACCUGUCAACGUCAAGCGUUGAUGAGAUCCACCAUGUACUCUCGACGGAAAACUCUUUCGAUCAACCAGCUUCCAAUUAUUCAAUUCCUUCAUCUCCCCAAAAGAAUGAUUUUGAGGACAAUGAAAUGCACCAUAAUCCUCCCUUCCGGCAUCUUGAAGGCGAACCUUGGCCACUACGGGAUGAACAUCAAAUCUCAUUGAACAAUAAUGUCAGCAAUGAACAAGUUGAUCACGACGAAAGUGACGGUAUUUCAGAAGGCGAAGAUAACUGGUCUGAAAGCGACGAGGAAGAAGCGUUUGAGCUAGAGCAACGUAUUGGAAGUUUGAGACCUCAUCAAACCCAUUGUAUGAGUAACGAUGACGAGUACCUUCCAAGAUCGGCCAGCAGUAUUGCGGCGGCGGACAGUGACGAUGAUCUUAGCUUUGAAGAGAAAUACGGCGUCCCGAGACCUUCCAGCCCCAUCAGAUCUUUGUCACGAAUUGAAAAUCAUCUCGAGUCUACUUACACAGGUCCUGAUGCAAGCGAGUUUUUCGACGAUGAUGACGAAUCGGAAGAUGAAAGCUCUGCAAGACAGGCAUACCCAGAAGAUCUGGCCGAUCAAUACUUCCAGCGGGCAGACACCCCUCUUGAGAUUGUUCCCGAGCAUUCUCAAUUGACAGAGUUCAACGAUACUUACUCGUCACACCGAUCGUCUGGUAUCUUCGUUAACAUUGUUGACACGGUCCGUUCGGACAUUCCUGUUGUCCGUCAGGUGCAGCUAGAUCAUGAUCAGCUGAGAGAUGCAUAUGAGCUGGGGAGUGCCGGUCGACCACGUGCAGUCUCCUUCGAAGACGAAGACUCUGGAUUUUCUCCAGCUUCGGUGUCAUAUGAGCCCUCGAUGCGCGUCCGAGCACAUACCGCCGACACCAUCCCGUCGUUCGACUCGUAUGCUCAAUCAGAUUCAAUUCCAACCACUCCAUCUGAGACUUCUUCCAGCCCUUUCGUCGACCACCCUCACGAUGAACCAAUAAUUCGCGAUUCUGGGAGGGAGCGAGGGAUGACUGAAACUUCACAAACUACACAGGACCUGGCAUUGGAGACUCCGAAGGCAGAUACUUUCGAUCCUACCCUCACCAAUGCGUACCCUUCCUUCAUGUCACCCAAGCCUAAUUACGCAGACCUGAACGAGAAGUACCAGAACCCAUCUGACAUUGAACGCAUGAAUGCGGGAUACGGGUCUUUUGGUGCGCAGACUGGACUAGAAGCACAUAGAACCGAGAUAUCGCCCAUUAGAGACGUUGGGAGGAACCCAUUCAUUAAUGACCUCGACACGCAGAUACCAAAGAUGGCCAGUAACAAUCCGUUCAAGACCUCAAUGGGUCAAAACCCUCCGAUAUCCGGUUCUUUCAAAGCACCAACAGCAGAAAGCCCCUUCCGGACGGCCCGGAGCCCAGCAAGGACUCCGCCACCCCGCCUUUCCAUCAGCCCUCAAUCAUCAUCCUCGCCUUCUGGACUCCACGGCUCUACAACUCCAUCGCCUGGUCUCGCGAAGCGUCCAGUUCCAACAGGCAGCCCUGGAAGCCUCUUCGCCAAGACGCGCUCUGUCUUCGAAUCCGCAUCUCCUCAGGGAUCCCCGGCACUGACACCGAGUCCCAUCACGGCCCUCUCCGCAAUACGACACAAUUUCCCUCCUCCUCCACCACCGCCCAGACGAUCCAUGGGAUCACGUCCUUCCUCUCUGCAUAUCUCGGAACCAGUCCGAUAUUCUCCAACUAUAGAGAAAGAGCCUGAACAGGUACAAACGAAUGCACAAGAACAGCACGAUGCGCCUAGAGAGGAAGAAGGAGAAGAAGAAAUAGUGUUCAUGCCCCGCAGCCUAGAUGGGAAUAAUAAGCCCCCCUCACCGGUUUUCAUCCCCGCGCGAUCUGAUUCCGUCGCUUCACUCCGCAAGCAAGAAGACGAUGGUAAUUUUGUCAGUAAACGAGCUAGUAAUCCGUUUCUAGGCGGACUAUCGCGCUUUGUUGGUGGUAUUCAGUCGCAGGGGUUGGAUGAUAGUGUGCAUAAUCCUGCGAGGGAGCCACUUUUGAAGAGGGGGGAGGAGUUGUGAGGAUGUGGGACUGAGGGAGAUGGAGAGGUGACUGAGGAGCAGGGAAUUUGAGGGUAGGUUGGGAGGGAGCUGUGUAUGAUAGAUGUUAUGUAUACCUGUCAUAAAUAUGUACGAUAUCUUUAUUAAAUUGUAAACUAUAUAUCUCGCUGUAUCAAUGUCAUUCCGGCGAGAGAUCGACCA